UCCCCUCCUUAUUCUCUUUCCUCCCCCUCUGUAUCUCUCUCAAACACGGUUCAACAAAACAUAAACCAGACAUAUAUUUUCAUCUCCAAACAUUGAUAUUUUCAUCAGGGCAGAAAGUGAUUUUGAUUUUUUCCUCCAGACAGAAAGUGAUUUUGACUUUAAUUUCUCCAUUAUAUAUAAUCUGCUAGUCUCACUGCUACAUAUAUACAACACUCCAUACAUAUAUAUAUGGAAAAACAAAUUCUUGAUUAUGUGUUGGUACCAUCAGGUCUUCUUGUGAUGGUGGCUUACCAUAUCUGGCUCCUGUAUCAGAUCAUCAAACACCCCACGAGGACUGUCAUAGGCAUCAACGACAUCAACCGCCGAUUCUGGGUUCGUGCUAUGAUGGAGGAUGCGUCAAGGAAUGGGAUUCUAGCAGUUCAGACACUGAGAAACAACAUAAUGGCAUCGACUCUCUUGGCGUCGACGGCGAUCAUGCUCAGCUCACUCAUCGCCGUCCUGAUGACCAACAGCGGUGGCUACCGGUCGGCCGGGUUUGCGUUCGGGGACGGGAGCCAACUGGGGUAUUCAAUAAAGUACUUCUCCAUAUUAGUGUGCUUCUUGGUGGCAUUCUUGUUUGAUGUGCAGUCCAUAAGGUACUACAGUCAUGCCAGUAUACUAAUCAAUGUACCAUUCAAGAAGAUGAGCCCAGAACAGAGUCAGCUUUCAAGUCAUCAUUUGACGGCAGAGUAUGUGGGGAGGACAGUGAACAGAGGGAGCUAUUUCUGGUCAUUAGGGUUGAGGGCAUACUACUUUUCUUUCCCGCUGUUUUUGUGGAUCUUUGGACCUAUUCCAAUGUUCUUGUGUUGCUUUGUCCUGGUCUUCAUGCUAUAUUUUCUUGAUGUUACCCUUGAUUCUGGCUGGGUUGUUGGUGAUUCUGAAGAGGAGGGCAGGGACGGAAGACGUAGAAAUAUUGACCAUUAGGGUUGAGGGCAUACUACUUUUCUUUCCCGCCAUUAGUAUAGCACCCGUGCUGUACUGUGAUGAGCGGUUAUAAUCAUUUCACAUGGUAGUCUAUGAAACGAUAUGAACCAUAUUGUUUUGAACAGUGAAUUGGUACUACGUGAAAUGAUAAGAUCGUUCAAAACAGUGCAACACGUGUGUCGUAAAAUAACGAUCAUUUCAACUGUCAUUAAAUCGUUGCUUGUAGUUGUUUGUCAUUUGAAAGUAGCAAUGUAACGUAGAUGGCAUACGGAGAGCAAUUUGGAUUCAACUCAAGUUGAAUUGAAUAGCUCAUUUACUCUGCCGUCCUAGAAUCUGUCACUUUGUUUUUGUUGUCUCCAUAAUAUAGAAAUUAGUAUUUUUAAUGACUUGAAUCUAUUUUUAGGAAAUGUAAAAUGGGCUAUACUAAUAGGCUCGGUGGUGUAAUUUUCACCCUCU